ACAGGGAGAGGGAAUUAUGAGGAGGAGUGAGAGAGAGAGAAUGAGAGCUACUGGAAGAGUAGAGCAGAGAGCGAGAGAGAGAAAGAGAGAGAUGAUGUUGCCAGGGAACCAUGGCCAAGGGAGAACGGUUCACGUUUAACAGCUUGAGAGGGACACAUGCAGGAACGCACCAGGACACACGCCACAGUCAUUGCAUUCAGAAAGGCCAGAUAAUAUACUGCACCAUAAACACACACACAGAGAAAAGCAUCCAAGAGAAAAGGACUGCAGAUGAAAUUACAUAACAGUCGGCUCCCAGAGUGAUAUCAUCAUCAGAGCAGGAUUAGAGCAAGGGGGUGAGGGCACUAAUCUGGUGAAGAGAGGGCGAAAAUGAGAGAAGAGGAUGGAUACCAGACCCUGGCCUAAAUGAAUGCGCGCAAACAGAUCAGCAGACAACUUAAUAACAUGGCGAGGAUUAUCCAUUGUUCAAAACUAACGGUGGGAGGAAUGCAGGAAUCCAGCUGAGACAGAAACCGUGUUUGUGAGGGUUGUUUUCGACCCAGAGCUCUUUCGCCCGAUCGCAGCUCGUACCGUCCCAGUCUCCUUCGGAACCGCAAAGACCAGGAUUCUCUUUGCUUUUGUUUGGUUUACAGCUGGAGCUGAUGCUGAGCCCACAAGGCAGUCAACAAGUCUCACCCACGGAUGAAAAGAUGUCCCAGAUCUACCUCGACUCCCCUGAGUAGGAAUUCUCUGACUCAAAACAAGAAGACAACUAUCAGCUAGUGCACGGAGUGAAGUACAUUGCACCGACCUCUGACCUGUCCUUUUGGUUGGAGGAUGUGCUCAGCGGAGGUGACUUUCCGCAUGGACAAUAUGGAGGUGAAGGACGAGUGGCAGGAUGAAGACUUCCCCAGGCCUCUGCCAGAAGAGGGGGAACUGGAGAACCACUGUGGUCUCACUGACCACAAAGUCGCUCCGCCCACCACUCUGAAUGUGGGUGAGUCUGCCGCCCAUUGCAAACGCCGUACGCUCGUGGCUCCGGAGAUGAACUUGUCCCUAGACCAGAGUGAGGGAUCGGUGCUCUCAGAUGACUUCCUGGAAACGCCCGAUGACCUGGACAUCAACGUGGAUGACAUCGAGACCCCUGACGACAAUGACUCGCUUGAAUUUAUCAACAACAGCAACGAGUUGGAGUGGGAAGAUGACACCCCGGUGGCGAGCGCCAAGAGUCUACCCGGUGACCACGAAGAGGAGGACAGCGCUGAACGCCUUUGGAGGACCGUGGUCAUCGGGGACCAGGAGCAGAGGAUAGACAUGCAGGUCAUCAGGCCCUACCUGAGGGUGGUCACGCACGGAGGUUACUAUGGAGAGGGGCUGAAUGCCAUCAUAGUGUUUGCUGCCUGCUAUCUCCCUGACAGCAGUUGUGAGGACUAUACCUACAUCAUGGAGAACCUUUUCCUGUAUGUGAUCAGUAGCCUUGAGCUUCUGGUAGCUGAGGACUACAUGAUCAUCUACCUGAAUGGAGCCACGCCUCGCAGAAGGAUGCCUGGCAUCAGCUGGCUAAGGAGAUGCUACCAGAUGAUUGACAGGAGGCUGAGGAAAAAUCUGAAGUGUAUGAUCAUCGUUCAUGCCUCCUGGUUCCUACGUACCGUUCUGGCCCUCUCAAGACCUUUCAUCAGUGUGAAGUUCAUGGAUAAGAUCCGGUAUGUUCAGACCCUGGAGGAGCUGAGUCAGAUCGUCCCGAUGGAACACGUGCAGAUUCCGGUGGGUGUGCUGCAGUACGACGACGAGAAGAUAAGAGCACGGCUGGAGCUGGAACAGCCGACAAAGCCUGGCCCUACAGAGAGGCCGAAAUCAAUGCUAUACGACGCUGGGCGUGACAUUUGACGUGAGGCUACAGUGGAAAGGUGAAGUGGACCCAUGCGGGCGAAGCUUGAUCUUGACAUAUCAUCAACGUUUCCAAUCCUGUCCCCCAUUGAGAUGCCAAGGCAUGCGCUCUGUUGUCAGUGUGAUGGCACAGGCACACCUGUAGCACAGUGGACCUUCCAGGGGAGACAACGAACGCCCUGCUACAGAGAUUAAUCCCUGCAGCACAUAAACAGCUCCGAAAAAGCACAGAGAAAGAACUCCUAUGUGUCCAACGUUCCAGCUCAUUUCCUGCAAAUGAAAUCUCCUCGCUUCACGAACCUUCAGUCCUACGUCUGAACGUUUCAGCACAAUCUCCAAUCCCUCUUUGCAUGGACAGCUGAGUUUCACCUGUAGUUUGCCUAGUAGCCUAAUGCAAAGAUCACAUACUGUUUUACCUGAUUAAAGACCAGGCUGGAUGAGCAUUUUUAAAAGUUUCAAUGCAGUUUCAUAAAUGUCAUAGUACCUUCAUGAAACAGUACAAUGUGACAAACUGUUUUGUGAUUUUGUAUUACGGUUAUGGUUUUUGUUUUAUGUACAGUAAGAUGUGAUACAAGAAAGGUUUGGUUUCCUACGAUUAUUUAAUUCAUAAUAAUGAUAUUAUUGAUAAUUGAUAACUUACUGAAGGAAAUGACAUUGACUGUUUAAAUCAGAUAAAGGCAGCUACAGUACUGCAUGUGCUUAUUUAUUGUGUACCAGAGAUUAUUUGCCAUGUGUUCUAUAAAGGUUCAUGGUUAAUAUAUGGCAUGCUGUUUUAUAUUGUAUUUCCUUGUCAUCUGUCAAUGAUAAAACUUAGUUUUCUGCUCUUGAUUAUAGAUAUUUCAAUUAGGGAUACAGUACAUCCCUUUCUCCCUUGUGUUAAUGCCAACAUUCAUUUGAGAGUUAUGCAUUACUGUAAACAAACUAGACCAUUGUUAGUGACAAGAUUAUGUAUUUUGAAGUCAACUGAUUUGCUUACAUUCCACAUUAAAUGUGCCAUGAAUGAAACUAUAAAUAAAAUAAAUGGUACAACC